GUUGUUUUGUUGCAGGAAACACACACAUAAAAUAUGUUAAAAUCAACAACAACAAGCAAUGUUGAUAAUAAUCGAGUUCCCAAAACAACACUUCUCGUUGAUGAUUAUGAAAUUUCAAACACGGUUUUGGGAUUGGGUAUAAAUGGCAAAGUGGUGCAGUGCAGUAAUCGUAAAACGCAACAAAAAUAUGCAUUAAAAGUACUUUUGGAUAAUCCAAAAGCAAGACGUGAAGUUGACUUGCAUUGGCGAGCAAGUGGUUGUCGUCAUAUAGUUAAUAUUAUAGAUGUCUACGAAAACACCUACAGUGGCAAUAAAUGUUUGUUAGUUGUUAUGGAAUGUAUGGAAGGUGGUGAAUUAUUUCAGCGAAUACAAGACAAACGUGAUGGUGCAUUUACUGAAAGAGAAGCUGCGCAAGUUAUGCAUGAUAUAUGUGUAGCCGUACAUUAUUUACAUAGCAAGGACAUUGCACAUAGAGACUUAAAACCAGAAAAUCUUCUAUAUACAUCGCCUGCUCCGAAUGCAAUCCUUAAAUUAACCGAUUUUGGCUUUGCUAAAGAAACUUUGGUAAAAGACACAUUACAAACUCCGUGUUAUACACCUUAUUAUGUUGCACCUGAAGUUUUGGGACCGGAAAAAUACGACAAAAGCUGUGACAUCUGGUCACUUGGUGUCAUUAUGUACAUUCUAUUGUGUGGUUUCCCACCAUUCUAUAGUAAUCAUGGUGAAGCUAUAUCACCUGGUAUGCGUUCACGUAUACGUACUGGUCAAUAUGAUUUUCCUGAUCCGGAGUGGCAGAAUGUCAGUCAAUCGGCCAAAAACCUUAUCAAAGGCAUGCUGAAUGUUGAUCCAAGCCAACGUCUAACAAUUAUUCAAGUAAUGCGAAACAACUGGAUAGCACAAUAUACUCAAGUGCCACAGACUCCAUUGCACACAGGACGUAUGUUGAGAGAAGGUGAAGAAACAUGGCCAGAAGUUCAAGAAGAAAUGACACGUUCAUUGGCUACAAUGAGAGUUGACUAUGAUCAAAUGCAUAUCAAACCACUUGACAAUUCGGAUAAUAGUUUACUCAAAAGACGAAAAAAACUUGAAGAGAUUUCACCCAAAGCCUAGAGAGAGUCAUCGAAAUAUUUUUGUUUUUGUUCUGUGACAAUACUUUUACUUAAUUUCAGAAAAAUAUAAUUUAAAUAUUAAUAAUA